CUCUCUCUCUCUUUUUUCUCUCUCUCUCUCUCUCUCUCUCUCGCCUCUCUUUUAGCACAUAUUAUUUAUUAAUGUUACACUUUUCUCAUUGCCAAUGCUCUUACGGUAAAAUAUUUCUCUUGCGACAGUAAGAACCUCGAAGAAAUUCCUCUUGUGGGAGGUAGCUGAGUAGAUCUCAUGAUCACUUGUUAACCCUGAUCGCUUUAAAGUGACGGAAAGUUUUUCAUCAUGGGAACAAAAAGAAAGAGACAGAUAGAGAGAGAGAGAGAGAGAAUGUUUUUUUUUUCGUGAGAGAAUACAUCGUGUUUCGUCAUCCAGGAAAUUCCUGACCAUGCUGGUAUCGAUCUCGGGUCGUGUUAAUGGUAAUGUCGAUAGAGAUGCUCAUCGAGCGCAAUAGUUACGCGCACACGCGCCCUUUGUACUGCGGUAUAAUAAUGAGCGAGAAAAGGGGGGAAAGACAAAGGGGGAGAAGGGAUUUGUGCAAAAAGCGGAAACGUCAAAUCGUCGAACAAUACCCGGAGCCAGAUAACACUACGAGGCGCGGACGAGCAGGAGUAGGUGGGGAAACAUGAGACACACGAUGUGGAAUAAAUACUGGCCUGAAAUCGAGCGGAAUUCAGUCGCAAACCUCGUGUACUAACGACGUAAACGUCUGAUAUCACUGUGGAAGGGACCCCGUUCUCGCGCGGACCCCAAUUUUGUUUGGCACCACCUUACCAAUAUUAUUAAUUAGUGCCGCCCCGGUGCCGCGACUCUCCCGAGAACGUUCGAACGUCAGUUUGUAAUUCAGUUUGUAAACAACCAACCAGUGGAUCGUUUACCACCGAAGUCUGUUGUACUUCGCGAAACUUCAUCGUCCAAACGCGGACCAAAGGCUACCACGAUGUUUCCAAUGCGAUACUCUCUGAUCUUUGCCUUCGCAUCCGUCGCGGGCGCUACUUUUUUCGGCUUCGGCACAACGACCCCCGGAACAGGCAACCCGCGGCAAUUCGACGUUUAUUGGAACGUGCCCAGUUUUAUGUGCAAUAAAUACAAUGUGGUAUUCGAUGAGCUCAAGAAUUUUGGAAUUCGACAAAACACGAUGGAUAAAUUUCGCGGUGAAGAGAUCGCGAUCCUUUAUGAUCCUGGAAUGUUUCCGGCGUUAUUGACCGAUAAAAAUGGAGUCGUAACAAAAAGAAACGGCGGCGUUCCUCAAGAGGGUGAUCUCAAGGAACACCUCGAGAUGUUCCGGAAGCAUUUGAUCAAGCAAAUCCCAGACGGGUCGUUUAGCGGUGUCGGCGUAAUAGACUUCGAGAGCUGGCGGCCGAUCUUCCGGCAAAAUUGGGCCUCUCUCGAGCCCUACAAAACCCUAUCCAUAAAGCUGGAACGUGAGAGGCAUCCCUUUUGGAUCGACAAUGCCAUAAAAAAGGAAGCAAAGCGUCGCUUUGAAAAAUACGCCCGAGUAUUCAUGGAGGAGACCUUGAAUAUGGCGAAGAAGCUUCGACCUAAAGCCACAUGGGGCUACUACGGUUAUCCGCAUUGCUUCAAUCAGUCUCCCGGCCAGCCCACCGUGCACUGCAAUCGUCAGGCUAUGGCAGAAAACGACGGAAUGUCUUGGCUUUUCACGCCCGAAGACGCGCACUUGCCUUCCGUGUACUUGCGGCAGGAGAUCAAGGAGCAUGAUCGGGUGGGCUACGUGAAGGGCAGGGUGUCGGAGGCUCUACGCAUGGCAGAAAGAAGUCCGCGCAAACAACAAAUUCUCCCCUAUUACUGGUUCAAGUAUCAGGAUCGCAGAAAUAACUUCUUGACUAAGAAAGAUACGGAGAACGCGUUCGACACGAUCGCCAGCCUCGGCGCCAACGGUCUGAUCAUUUGGGGUAGUUCUGAAGACACGAAUACGGAACAGAAGUGCAAGGAUCUGCUGCAGUACGUGAGAGAUACUCUGGGACCAGCGAUAAGGCAGAUCAAACGGCUCUAAGCGGCGGAAUAACGCCAAGCUUGAGAGCAAUUGCACUGUCUCCAGUACAAAUUUUUUUUUUGUUUAAUUGACUAUUAAUUCGUGAUUUAAUUUCUCACGAUUUAAAGUCGGCACAUUUAUUUUAUUCGUAGGAUUCUUGUGCGUACCUGGCAUGAUAAGAUACAUUUGUAAAUUUAAAAAAUAUCGUAAAAAUAC